GGUGAUGGAGAGAGAAAAGCUCAGUGUUUUCAGAUCUGAAUGACUGACUACAAAUACAAAAACAGGGAGAAGGAAGGAGAGAAAUUCAGGUGAUAGAGAGUAAUUAGAGAGAGACAGGGCCCUGAUUCUUAUUAAAAAGUUGGGAGCGCUUUUCAAAGCUGAAAAACAAUGGAAAGAGAUAGAGAGAGCAGGUGGGUACUGUGGGAAAAAAAAGAAAAGAAAAGGCAGUGAUCGUAAAAAGUGGUUCUCUGUUGUCUCUGUGAUUGUGUAGUGUUACAUUUUGAGGAGGGAGUAGUACGUAGUACUAGUAGUAGUGGAAGUGAAAAAGACUAAAAAUUGGUUUACUUUCCCAUUUGGUAGCACAUUUCGUUUUGAUUCAGAAGAUUCUGCUCUACCUGAGAAAGGUAAAUGCUGUGAAUUCAAUGGCAGUGAUGAUGGAGGUGUAGAAGAGGUUUCCUCUUUUGUUGGUUUUAACCUUUUCUUGGAUCUUUGUUUUCUUGUUGCUCAGAGCAUUUAAAUCACUGAAUCAAAGCCCUUCUUCUUCUUCUUCUUCUUCUUCUUCUUCUUCUUCUUCUCUCAUGAAGUUGAAGCAUUUAUUUAUUGCUUUGAAAUAGAACAGUCAAUCAAACCAGCAUUCAAACCCAGAACAGAGCACUCAAAACAGAAACCCAAAACCAUGAAGGACAUGGAGAAAAGCUUGGAUCCUCAGCUAUGGCACGCCUGCGCCGGCGGCAUGGUCCAAAUGCCUCCGGUGAACUCCAAAGUCUUCUACUUUCCUCAAGGCCACGCCGAGCACGCCCAAACCCACGUCGAUUUCCCCGCCUCCUCCGUCAGAAUCCCACCUCUCAUUCUCUGCCGCGUCGCCGGAAUCAGAUACAUGGCCGACCCGGAAACCGACGAGGUCUUCGCCAGAAUCCGGCUGGUCCCUUCCGAGAGCAACGAGCUUUUUGCUCAGGACCAAGGCUGUGUGGACUCUGAUGAUGGGUCUGGGAAUCCGGAAAAGCCUUCUUCUUUCGCUAAGACUCUCACCCAGUCCGACGCCAACAAUGGCGGCGGGUUCUCCGUCCCGAGAUACUGCGCCGAGACUAUUUUCCCGAGGCUGGACUACUCCGCCGACCCGCCCGUGCAGACGGUGAUCGCCAAGGACGUCCACGGCGAGGUGUGGAAGUUCCGGCACAUUUACCGAGGCACCCCUCGCCGGCAUUUGCUGACCACCGGGUGGAGCACGUUCGUGAACCAGAAGAAGCUCGUCGCCGGCGACUCGAUUGUGUUCCUGCGAGCCGAAAACGGCGACCUCUGCGUCGGGAUUCGGAGGGCCAAGCGGGGGUCGCCGGAAGGGUCGUCGGAAUCGGGGUGGAACCACGGCGGUUCUGGGGGAGGGUCGGUUUUGCCGUAUUCCGGGUUCUCGGUGUUUCUGAAAGAUGAAGAGAGCAAAAUGGGGAGAAAUAAUGGGUUUGGGAAUUCGAGUCUGAAUAAUGGGAAGGUGAGAGGGGGCAGAGUGAGGCCUGAGGCUGUGGUGGAGGCUGCCACUCUUGCGGCCAACGGACAGCCGUUUGAGGUGGUUUAUUAUCCGAGAGCCAGCACGCCGGAGUUUUGUGUUAAGGCCUCGGCGGUGAGGGCGGCGAUGAGGGUGCAGUGGUGCUCAGGCAUGAGGUUUAAGAUGGCUUUUGAGACUGAGGACUCUUCCAGGAUUAGUUGGUUCAUGGGAACCAUAGCUUCUGUUGAUGUUAAUGAUAAAAUCCGCUGGCCUAAUUCUCCUUGGAGAGUUCUACAGGUGACAUGGGAUGAGCCAGAUUUGUUACAGAAUGUGAAGUGUGUCAGCCCAUGGUUGACUGAGCUGGUAUCAAAUUUUCCCAUUAUCCACAUGGCGCCCUUUUCACCGCCACGGAAGAAGUUGCGUAUCCCGCAACACCCAGACUUUGAUGGGCAAUUAACGUUGCCGUCAUUUUCAGGCAACCCCCUCGGGUCCAGCAGCCCCAUGUGUUGUCUACCAGAUAACACUCCUGCAGGCAUACAGGGAGCCAGGCAUGCUCAACUUAGAAUAUCUUUAUCAAAUCUCCACUUUAACAGCAAACUGCAGUCGGGGCUGUUCUCGUCCAGUUUCCAGAGGUUCGAUCAAAAUUCUAGAAUUCCCAAUGGCAUCAGGAAUGGCCACACAAACAGCAACGAAAGCCUAUCUUGCUUGCUAACAAUGGGAAGUUCUAAUCAGAACUUGGAGAAAUCUGAUGAUGUGAAGAAACACCAGUUUUUACUCUUUGGUCAACCAAUAAUUACUGAGCAGCAGAUCUCUCGUAGCUGCUCCAGUGAUGCAGUUUCACAAGUUCUUGCUGGUAAUAAUUUGAAAGAUGAGAGUCAAGGCAGAAAAAGGUUUCUAUCCAUUGGUUCAGACUCUGCUCUUGAGCGCUGGGUUUCACUAGAGAAAUCUGCAUUGAACAAGGAAUUUCAAGCUAUUGAUGUGGAUACCGGUCAUUGCAAGGUAUUCAUGGAGUCCGAGGAUGUUGGAAGGACUCUUGACCUCUCAGCUCUAGACUCUUAUGAUGAGUUAUACAGGAGGCUGACCAUCAUGUUUGGAUUAGAAAAACUGGAGAUGCUGAGCCAUGUUCUUUACCGAGAUCCAACAGGUGUCGUUAAACAAACUGGAGAUGAACCAUUCGGUGAAUUUAAGAAAACAGCAAAGAGACUGACUAUUCUAACACGUCCGGCCAAUGAAACUAUUGGAAGGACAUGGAUUAGAGGAAUGGAAAAUGCUGAAAGUAGACUUGGUGCAUCAAACAAGACUGGUCCUUUGAGCAUAUUUGCUUAGUCUAGUAUGGCAUUGAGACUAGAUGAUGUUGAGAAUACUCGAUGAAUGUUGAAUGUUUAUUUGCACUUUAAUUUAGCUAGGAGAAAUGGGAUACUGAACUCCUCCUAUUCUGUGUCAUCUUGCAGUACAUUUCUGUGUAAAUGGACAUGCAUGUUCUACUAAAUAUAAAUAAUGCCAAUGGUGAAAAUUUUCUUGCCUACUAUCUGAUGAUCUCUGGAAGAGAACUUUUUCAUUCUCAAGACUCACAGGGAAAUAGUUCAAGUCCCGACUUAUUAUCAUU